AUGAAGAAUCGAAGAGAACAGGGGUCCAAAGCAGACGCCACGGUGGAGGUGGCUGCUACGCCAGCCCAACCAGAGCAUACCCUCGAGGAGUACGAGCGGCUAUUUGGUGUUGACGAAGAAGCGUAUGAGCAGCCUACCACAACUCGCAAAGAACUCUGGUCUUACUACCUCUACUACAACGGUGACAAUGGUGUUGGUCCGGGCUCAUACAGCCAAGCCCUCUUCCAAUGGGCGCUGAACGGGGCAGGCUAUCAGCCCGACACAGAGCCACCGCUGCCCUGCACGAGCUCCUCGGCAUGCGUGGUACCCUGGGCAGGGGGCACGCGAUCUGUCUCGUCGGUGAUUCUGAUCGCCAAUGGCCUCUGUUUUACCUUUAUGACGGUCAUAUUUGUGUGGCUUGGAAGUGCUGCUGAUUACGGUUCGUUCAGUCGGUGGCUACUCUUGGGCCUUACUGUGGUCUGUUGGGCGCUGCAGUAUGGUAUGAUGGCCAUCCGAGACCCGAGUCAAUGGCCUGCAGCGAUGGGAAUGUACGUCGUGGCAUACAUUUGCUACGGAGCCACCCUGGUAUUCUAUGCUGCAGUUUUCCCUCGAUUGGCGCGGUAUAUGCCUCAUGUGCGAAAGGCGCGAGAGGAAGACUUGAGAGAAGGCAAGAUUGACCAGAAGGAGUAUGAUGCGAUCGAGUCGCUGGAGCGAAAUCAUAUCAGUAAUAUUUCAACGGCACACAGCAAUAUUGGAUACUUGCUUACUCUGGUGCUUAAUCUGAGCGUGCUUCUACCGAUGCAGAGCAACCAAUUUUCAAACAAUCUGGCCUUGUGUCUGACGAACUCAUACUGGGUAAUCCUAGGCAUUUGGUGGUUCCUAUUCCAGCAAAAACGCCCUGGACCUAAAAUUCCCAAAGGCUCCAGCUAUGCAACCAUCGGGUUCAAGCAGAUCUGGCUGGCCAUUCGCGAGAUAAGGUCCCUCCCACAAACAUUCCUCUAUUUCUUCGCAUAUUUCCUUCUUGCGGACGGCUUGAAUACGACUGGAACUCUCGUCAGCAUUAUCCAGAAUGAUCAGGUUUCAUUUUCUUUCCUCCAGAUUACCUACUUGGGAAUCACGCAGGCGGCUUGCUCGAUUGCCUCGACCUUUGGUUUCUGGUAUAUCCAGAAGUACUUCAAAUUCAAGACGAAGAAUAUGUUCUUGUUUACCAAUUUUUUUACCGUCUUGAUCCCCUUUUGGGGCAUGCUCGGACUUUGGACAAACCGAAUCGGGUAUCAUCAUACUUGGGAGUUCUAUUUCUACAAUGUCAUCUUCGGACUUUUUCAGGCUCCCUACUAUGCGUACGCCCAAACAAUGAUAAGUGAGUUAAUGCCCCGCGGAUACGACAACAUGUUCUUUGCGCUCUUCGGAAUCACAAACCGCGCGUCCUCUAUCAUCGGGCCAAAUGUCAUUCAGGCCAUCAUCAACGACUCACGCAACAAUUGGAUGGGCUUCCCAUUCCUCUUUGCCAUCUGUGCCGCGGCAAUGAUUGCUAUCUGCUUCGUGGAUGUGGAGAAGGGCCGCGAAGAUGGUAGGAAAUUCACGGAGAGGCGUAAGGUGGAUCGUGUUGUGGCGGAGACGGGACUCAGUGCCGAUGCAAUUGUCAAGGGCAAGGGUGUCAUGGACAAUGGAGAGAUGGGGAGUGAUAUCAAUGGCAAUGGACACUCUUCUACAGAGCCUGUGGAGAGAGGAGAGUUGGCUUGA